AGAGCUCGAGCUCGAGCUGCCCACGCGCCUCUCCGUCCCGCUCGCGCGCGCGCGGGGGGGCGGCCGCGCGUCGUGCCGAGGGCGCUCCUACUUUGCGGCGUUCGUCUCCGCGCCCGCCCUGUCCCCGAAGGGGCGGGCGGGCGCCCUUCUCGCAUGCCGAAAAGCAAUGGCAACAUGUGGAACAUGGCGGGGAACGCCUGCAACCGCCUCGUCGCCGAGCGCAUGGAGAUGCGUAAGCAUGAGGCGCACCUGCGGGCGCUGGAGAACACCCGGGGCGCGGUGGACAGCAAGAAGCCCAGGAGGGGGGACCACGUGCACCUUCGCCACAAGGCCAAGACCAAGAAGCUCCAGGAGGACCGGGCUGCGGACAUCCAACUAGAAAACCGCAUCCUGCUGCAGAAAAUGCUGAGCAUCGACACGAAGCCGUCCCAGGCUUUCAAGGACUUGCAGGCGCCGCCACCGGCAAGGACCCUCCACGGCGUGGCGCAGCGCAGGGAGCUAGACAGGAUCACAGACGCGAACCAGUCGCUGCUGCAGCGCCUGCAGAAUGCCAAGCCCACCAUCGACCCCAUCAAGUGGGAGGAUCGACGAGGAGGUGGACCGACAGGCGCUGAAGUUCCGCCUCUCGCAGAACUCCAGCCGCGCGCGAAUAGCGAGGCUGCGGUUGCCCACGACGCUGCCGAGGAUCCCCGGGGCCGGGUCGAGCAUGUCGGCCCGGAGGCCCGUGGACGAGGAGUGGGCCGAGCUCACUGCCGCCGAGCUCGACCAGAAGGUGCGCGAGAUGGAGGGGCUGGAGCCGCGCAGGGAGGCCCUCGGCCACGGAGACUGAGCCGGCCGCCCGGAUUCACAGGAGGAGGAGGAGGAGGAGGAAAGGAUUCUCGAGCCCGCGCGCGAAAACUUUGUGCGGUGGGCGCGGCGCGCGCACUCCGCUGCGCGGUUUCGGGCUCCCCGGAACCCGGACGCGAGGCCUUGUACUUGGAGGACGAGAGUUGACCUGUGGAGAA